AUGAGCAGUGAAAAGAAUACUGUUCUUUUUAUUUGUCUUGGGAAUAUUUGCAGGUCUCAAAUCAUAGAAGCUGUGUUUCUUAAUCCUCUAAAGCUAAGAGGCCUUAGAGAUCAACGGACUGUUGACACACUAAGAGGCAGCAAAAUUGAAUUAAACCUCUUAGGUUCUUCGGACCCCAAUGGAGAAAGUAUAAUUUCUUGA